UAAUAAUAAUAAAACAAAUUUAUAUUAAUAAUAGUAAUAAUACCAGACCAAGACUUGCUUCCCACGUCAACAACAACAACAAAAAAAAAAAAGACAACGAUUUAUUUAAACUCAACCAAUCUGAGUCAGUCAACACAUUAAAGCAAAGCAGGCAAAACCGAGCAACUUGUCCAAAAAAAAUUUACGAGAUCAAGUUUUAAUAAUUUUCGACAAAAGUGAUUUCAGGACAUUGAGAACAAGGAUUUCACUAUCAUAGGAAACAGAGCCAUGCAUCCCCAUCCUGGUACAACCCAAAUCUCACCAUCGCCAGAGCCAACAGGGCCUACACAGCGGGAAGAACUUCAAGGUGUGAUCCUCGUGCCUGAAUAUUUUCAUCAAGUAGACAUGACUCACCUCACCAUUAUGAUUGCGGAUAUGCUCUGCCGACUGACCGCUCACAACGACCAAAUACCGCUCACAACUGCCAAUCUCACUCGUUUCCAUUCAAGAGCACCGCCCCAGAUUUCUGUAUACGAUUAUCUACGGAGAAUAGUAAAAUAUACCUCACUGGAACGGGCCUGUUUACUAGUCAUUUUGAUCUAUAUCGACCGCGUUUGCGAAAAAGUCAGGACAUUCACCAUCUCGUCUCUCACAGUCCAUCGGUUCAUCAUUGCAUCUGUCACACUGGCUGCCAAGGCAGUAUGUGAUUCUUAUUGCACCAACUCGCAUUACGCCAAGGUGGGAGGAUUAAGUACACAGGAACUCAAUACCCUUGAGGUCGAGUUUUUAGGAUUGAUCGAAUGGCGCGUAGCAGUCGAAGGCAGUGUGAUGCAACGAUACUAUGUCAACCUUGUAAGGCAACACUCGCGGUUUGAAAUCGCAGAGAUACUUCAUCCAAUGUCCUCAGUAUCUGGCAAGGGUCAUCAAUUGAUAGGCGAUGAUGAUGAGCAGAUGAAUAGUGGCGCUUCAAUGAAUUCUGACGGAGAUCAUAAUAAUGAAGGCUCGCUAGUAGAACCAGAUUAUGAAGAAGGUUUACGAGAUCAAUGGAUUCCAAUGGGUGAAUAA